UACGUAAUAUAAAGAAUAAUCAUUUUCUUUAUUUAUUAUAAAAGUGAAUAUUUAUCUAAUAUAGAGAUGAAUACUUAAAUUUAAAAUAUUUUUUCUUUUAAAAAUAAAUAUUUUUCUCACUUUAACUGCGGGUUUUUUUUAAUUGAAAUGUUCAGGCUUACUAUACAAUACUAAUUCUUUCUCUUCUUUUCUGUACUUUUCUUUGUUUACAAAAUCUAUUCAUUUUUUUUUUCUGGUUAUUAAGGCUACUUGAAACCAGAGAUAGCUUUUUUACUCUGGACAUCAUAGAAUUCAGCGGUCCCCCGAUACUCUCCAAUGCCUAUAGAAAUAGCCAAUGAGAAGCUUAAUUUUGUUUAUUAAUUUAUUUUGUUGCAGAAGAUAUGAGCUUGAGAGAUAUAGCUAUGCCAAUAGGGUAAUCAAAAGCACUAAAAAAACACAGACUCUAAUGGCAAAGAUUGUGACAUAAAGGUAGCUCAUAGUAACCCAUGAUUAGAAACAGGAAUACCCUCAAUUCCUAGCCCUAUAUAUUUUGCCCUUUCGGUUGGGUGGCUUUAAGAGUAGGAAAUUUUUUACAUUUUUGCCCCCAAGAAUCCAUAAGCAAGUACAAAGAAUAUCUUCUAGUCUGGCCUUUUAGCCUGAUGAAAAAGCAGAAACCAUAUCUCCAUUGAAAGAAUAACCCAAAACCCCUCUCCACAAGCUCUACUAAAUCACACACAACCCAUCAUUUUAUAACAUUCAUUCAUUCAUUCAGAACCCUCUCAUCUCCAUUCUUUCUUUCUUUCUUUCUUUCUGUCCAAUAUAGUCACUUCAUGCUCUGAUUUUUUUUCUUCUUCAUAUUUUUUUUUUGUACAUAUUUUACUUCUCUAUCUGUUUCCUCUCAAGAAAGAAAAGAUAGAGAGGUGUGAUUAAUCAUACCUCGUCAUGCCUUUUGAUCCAAGUAAUUCCACUGGUACCCUCCCUUUCUAAGCCCUCUUUUGUCCCUUACCUUUUUAUGAAUCCUUACCCUGUCAACUUCAGUCCUUCUCUCUCAGAUAUUUCUCUGAUAUCCUUUCUUUCUUUCUUAAUCUUCUAUCAGUAUCACUCCAUGUGCUUCUUAUUAGUAGCCUUCCUCUCCUCCUUUUUCUAAUAAGUAACCCAUAUCCUUCUAUUUCAUGCAUUAGCCUUUAUCUCUCUUUCACUCCUUGAUUCUCCUUUAUUUUGUUUGGUUCCCUUUGUUUUCUUCUUCUUGUUUUUUUCUUAUCCAACAACCACCCAUCAUGGAAACUCAACAGCAGCAGCAGCAGCAACAACAACAGCACCAAAACCAACAACAAGCAAAUGAAGAGAACAGCGGCGGUUCUAAAGGAAGCUUUCUUUGCAGGCAAAGUAGUACAAGGUGGACACCCACAACUGACCAGAUAAGAAUACUGAAGGACCUUUACUACAAUAGUGGGGUUAGGUCUCCAACUGGAGAGCAAAUUCAGAGGAUCUCUGCUAGGCUUAGACAGUACGGUAAGAUUGAAGGCAAGAAUGUCUUUUAUUGGUUUCAGAACCAUAAAGCUCGUGAGAGGCAAAAGAAAAGGUUUACUACUGACCCUCAUGUCUCCAUGCAACAACAACAACAACAACAAAGAACUAAUAACCCUUCUUCUGCUUGGAAACAACCUGAAGAUUAUUCUUCUACUCACAACAAUAAGUACCUCAAUAGCAACAUUAGCACUCCUGGGUUAUCUUCUGCAUCUUCAUCUUCAACUACUGUUGGGCAGAUGGGAAACUAUGGUUAUGGAUCUGUAACCAUGGAGAAGAGUUUUAGGGACUGCUCAAUUUCAGCUGGGGGUGGAUCCAUGAGUCCCAACUAUGGAUGGGUUGGUAUUGAUCCUUAUAAUUCAUCAUCAUACUCAUUAAUUCACAAGCAAAAAACAAGUGAAGAAACCCUAGAAGAUGGAGAAGAUCAAGAAGAGGAAGAAGCUCCAGAGAUUGAAACUCUACCUUUAUUUCCUACCCAAAGAGAGGACAUCAAUGCAUUUUGUAACAUCAAGCACAACUCCAUCUGCUACUCUCACAACUGGUAUGGCUAUGGGUAUGGCUUUGACGAUGGCAAUAGCACUUCUCGUACUUCUCUUGAACUUAGCCUCAACUCCUACACUGGGCAGGCACCGGAUUCUAUAUGAUCUAAUCUAAUUAAUCAAUCUAAUACUGUUAAUUAAAUCUCAUAUGUGUAACUUAGGUACUACUAAUUAUGCGGUUUUAUUUGCUUAAGCCUAUGUUUUCUUCUUGUUUUGACACUUGUUUUAGAACUGCAAAACUAUUGUCAGCUUGACAUGUGUCAUCCAAAGAACUUAGUAGGUGAUUAUGUUACCUUAACCAUGUCCCCUUUUUAUAUAAUAAUAUAAUAGUUAAUAUAAUUACUGUAAUUUCUUUGUUCUCCUUAUAAAUCUCCUCAAUAUUGGAAUUUACUU